GACGAGAAGAGAAAGUUUGCAGCAGCACCUUUGUGACGUCAUUGUUCUCGCAGACGAUGACGCCGAGCUUCGCUUCACUUUGCAGGCGGACCCCGGCGGCUCGUCCAAGUUCUCUGCUCGCAGCCUACUUCGCACCUUUAAACUAGCACAAGGGAGGUCACGGACCGCAGCAGGCGGGUGUGCCGCCGCCGGAUUGAGCUCGUCUGGGACUCUGCCUUCUAUUCCAUCCUUUCUUUUUUUUUCGUUGGGCAAUGUAAGGAAGGAAGGGCGCCCUUUCAGUUUCCAUUCCCUCAGCAGGUAACACGACAGGCAGCCGACGGAGAAACAAAGAAGCGGCACUCCGAGUCGGGAGGAAAAAGAGAGGCCGUUAGACAAAAAAGAGCGAAGAGGCGAGGCGGCGCGGCUGAGAGCAAGGACAUGGGGAACUGCCUGUCGUCGCAGACCUCGGACGACAUCUCCCUGCUGCACGAGUCUCAGUCGGACAGGGCGAGCUAUGGAGACGGGACGGACCCGUACAACGAGCCACCGCCGCCAUAUCAGGAGCAAGGACAGGUUCCAGUCUACCAUCCAACACCCAGCCAGACCCGCCUUGCCACCCAGCUGACGGAAGAGGAGCAAGUAAGGAUCGCCCAGCGUAUCGGCCUCAUCCAGCACCUCCCCAAAGGCGUGUACGGCCCCGGCCGGGACGACUCAGAGAAGAAGAUACGAGAGUGUGUCAUCUGCAUGAUGGACUUUGUUUAUGGCGACCCCAUCCGGUUCCUGCCCUGCAUGCACACGUACCACCUGGACUGUAUAGACGACUGGCUCAUGCGAUCCUUCACCUGCCCUUCCUGCAUGGAGCCCGUUGAUGCUGCCUUGUUGUCAUCCUAUGAGACCAAUUGAUGUGCCCAGCGCAACACUAACUGACCCCCCCGUCAAACCCCAUCACCACCUUCUUCCCAAAACCCCCCUCUUCUCUCCCCCCCCCCCCCCCC